AUGCUGUGUAGCAUGGCGGCGUCAUUUGUGGAUGGUACACUCUCGAUCCGAUACGAAACGCGAAACCACGUCAACUUGACCGAUAAAGAGUCUCUCUCGCUCUUCAUCCCACUUCUCUUCACGAAUGUAGUGGCUACAUCGUUGGUCGGUUGGAAGUUUUGGCAAUGUCGUCGCGACAUAGCUGCAAGUAUUUCGCACGACGACGGGGCGAUGGUGAACAGGUCUGCUGUCGUACGAGUUUUGACACUCCUUGUCGAGUCAGGGUUCCUUUAUAUCUUAUACUGGAUUAUCACAAUGGCGAGCGCUCUCUCCAUAUUAGGUGGUCUAGCGGACGGUAUAUUCGAGUGCAUUCUUCCGCAGGUAGCUGGAAUAUAUCUGAGUGUAGUCAUCCUCGUCGUCUCUCUCCAGAACCCAUCCAAUCCAUCUGCAUCCAUUCUUACAACCACCGGGGUCGAGGGUUAUCCUUCCGGAGCUAUGAGAUUUGCAUCUGCGCAUAACUCUGCCGGUACACGGUUAUUUGGCACUCGUGGUAUGAAUUCGACUGGGCGCGGACCGGGUGCACCUUGCAUUGGUCCAAGUUUUGUGGAGAAGGUGGAAGGGCUGGGGAGAAUGGGUUUGGAGGAGAGUGAACAAGGGUCGGGCGAGGGUCUGGGUGCAAAAACAUCUAUGUAA